AUGUGGUCCCGAGAUAUAAACGUAGCAUUUUCGGGCAUUUCGGAUUUCAGUUUUCGGGGAAGCACACAGAGAAACUUCACGGAUUGUGGUUUUGCAACGACUAUCUGCUGCGAGAACCACACCAUGGCUGCCACUACAGCCUGCAGAACAGGCCUCAGCUACGCUGCGGGCCUCACCACGGGCAGCAAGACCCGUCAGAUUGCGUCUGUCAGCCGGAUCGGUGGCCUGAAGCUCCGCAUUCCUGAAAAGGCUACAUUGGUGAAGAAUGCUCGUCCUCAGAUCAGCAUGGUGCUGGCUCCGCCGCCGCCUAUGACUCGCGGCGACGACCCCAGGGAGCCGCAAUCCAACCUAGACUUUGAUGCCUCGGCUCCUCCGCCAUUUACGCUUGCGGAUAUCCGCGCGGCGAUCCCGAAGCACUGCUGGGAGAAGGACGCGCUGAAGUCCAUAGCGUACCUCGUGUGGGACGUCGCUGUGGUGUUUGGCCUGGCUGCUGUCGCUCAAGCGGUCGACCAAUGGUGGAUCUGGCCUAUGUACUGGAUUGCGCAGGGUACCAUGUUCUGGGCUCUCUUCGUCAUCGGUCAUGACUGUGGACAUGGAAGCUUCUCCAACAACAAGGCUCUGAACGACUUCGUUGGCCAUCUAACGCAUUCUUCAAUUCUCGUGCCGUACCAUGGAUGGAGAAUUAGCCACCGUACACAUCACGCCAACCACGGUCACGUGGACAAUGACGAAUCCUGGCAUCCAAUUUCCAAGGACAAAUAUGACGAAAUGGAGUUUUGGUCCAAGGUUGGCCGUCUCAAGUUCCCGUGGCCUCUCUUCGCCUACCCAUUUUACUUGUGGAAGCGAAGCCCUGGUAAGGUCGGUUCGCAUUUCGACCCGAAGUCUGAUCUCUUCACUCCCAAUGAGAAGGACGACGUUACGACAUCUGCGACUUGCUGGUGGGCCAUGGUGGGGAUCCUGGCCGCGCUCACUGUCUUCAUGGGACCCGUGUCAAUUUUCAAGCUUUACGUCGUUCCGUACUGGAUCAAUGUCGUAUGGCUCGAUGUCGUUACGUAUCUGCACCACCACGGUUAUGACAAGAAGGUUCCGUGGUACAGAGGCGAGGAGUGGAACUACAUGAGGGGUGGCCUGUCAACCAUUGACAGGGAUUAUGGUAUCUUCAACAAGAUUCAUCAUGACAUUGGAACACACGUGGUUCAUCAUCUGUUCCCUCAAAUUCCCCACUACAACCUUACAGAAGCGACGGAGGCGGUGAAGCCAGUUAUGGGAGAGUACUACCGUGAGCCAGAGCCCAGCCCUGGCCCGAUUCCCUUCCACCUAUACAGGCCUCUCUAUAAGUCCUUCAGCGAGGAUCACUAUGUCCCAAGCGAGGGUAACAUUGUGUUCUAUGAGAAAGAUGAGAAGUUGUAG